AUGCCGGCGGCACGCACAGGCGAUUCUCCAGCUUCAGAUGAGGUUGAUCAGGGUGCAGAAGAAGAUGGACUUUCGAAAAGAGCUUGUACCGAAUGUAGUCGAUUGAAACGCAAAUGCGACCGAACUGUACCUUGUGGACUAUGCAUCAAGCUUGGUAAACAGUGUACACAACCCGUCAGAAGAAGACGCACGAAAGAAUACGUUGACGAGCUGGAAAAUCGACUAAACGAACUACAAAGAAUAUCAAGCUCAAGGUCAUCCACGAUACCCCAGAUACCACGAGGCUUGCGGCCAGGCUCCCCCCAAAGCCACAGCGCCAUGAUAGGGAUAAGUCCCACGGGACGCCUUCCACCGGGCGGUAGCGCUCGAUCCUAUAUCCACGAUCCCAACGAACGGUCUCGCGAUGCAGAGCUAGAAUUGGAUAACUUCAUCUCGCCUUCGUCAGCGGAUCUAUCUAUCACAUCCAAUACAGAUUCGUCCUUCAGUCUACCACCGACCCUGUCUUACGAUUUCGAUCCGUCUUCCUCGUCUUCUGCCGCACUGGCAGCAACAACGCUGGCCAACACCGCUUCGUCCUCUCCAUCUCGCAUACCAUCCAUCCCAGCUCUGCGUCCUUCGUUAAAUACAGGUCUGUCGCUUUCACACACACACACGCAGAUCAACCCCAAUACCAAUUCUCAUCCAUACGCUGCCCUACCGGGUAAGAGUACGCUGGUGCAUGACUACAAUACCCCGUCUUCCAGUCGAUUCGCCCCUCCACCAUCGCAUGCAUCGAGCAGUCGCUCGAAUCCACCCACGAGCGAAGUGCUGGAAAGACAACCGACGACUGCAAGAGGGUACGAGUGGAACGAGCGUCAUCCGCGUCGCAAGGGUAUCGCAGGUUAUGCUUCCCUGUCCAUCAAGCCCGAUGGUCAGGGCUAUCUAGGCUUUGCGUCUGGUUCGACCCUUUUGAGGAUAUUGCAGAUUUGUGCAGGGUCUAUACCAUUAAGCAAUAUCGACUCAGAUACGUCUCCAGACCAUACAGCGGAAAUCCCGAGGCGGGACUGGAGUCCUACAAUCACAGAGAUCGAUAGUUAUGUCAACGCCUAUUUCGAAUUUUACCAUGCCCAGUAUCCAGUCUUCCACGAGCCGACAUUCCGCGCUCAGUGGAACGAGUUGAUCCCUCAACCUAAACAGAUUGAGUGGGACUUCUUGUGUAAUAUCGUGAUAUCUAUCGGAGCUUUUUGCUCCUAUAAACCGAUGUACGUGGUCGAUCAUUUCUUGGAAUUGGCGAUCUCUGGAAUAUCCGCCGAAUACCUGGAAUCUGGGAGCUUGACUCUGGUCCAAGCGUACUGCCUGUUGAGUAAUCUCAGCGAGAAGAGGAAUAAACCCAAUUCGAAUUCGGUCUAUAUGGGGAUAGCAUUCCGUCAAGCGAUAGGUCUAGGUCUGCAUCGGGAAUUGCCAUUCUGGAAUAUCAGCCCCUUCGAAAGAGAGAUAAGGCGUAGAUUGUGGUGCGCCUGUGUCGCUUUCGAUUGUGGUGCUUCAAUUACUUUCGGGAGACCAAUACUACAACCCUCUUAUCCUGCUGAAUCAGAUGUAAGACUACCUCACAACGUUCAUGACAUGUUAUUCACUCCGACAGCCAAAGAAGCUCCGAUCGAAAUAGAUGAACCGACCAUAUACUCGUCGAUAAUACUCCAUGCUCGAUUCCAGCAAGAGACCAAUCUGAUAUAUGCCAAGAUCCAAUCGACAUCGCCUGCGCCUACUGCUGUCGAGUUUCUGGAGAUGGAUCAUCAGCUGGAAGAAUGGUCAAAGACGAUUCCCAGGUAUCUACGGCCUAGCCUUUCGUCGAAUUACCCACACUGGUUAAGGUUUGGGCAACACAAGAUGUUCUGGAGGUAUUGCAAUUUCCGUAUAAUCCUACAUCGUCGGAUGUUCCUCGAAAGAGCGUUAAGAGGCCUUCCAUUAUGGCAAGACGAUCUUCCGAUAUCAGCAGGCACUGGAACCGGAACGGGACAUGGAACGGGAACCGUAGAGGGUAUGCUAGAAGCUGAGAUGGACUGCUGUAUGCGGUGUCAGAAUAACGCGGCGGAAACGAUCACCUCGAUCAGCGAUUUCUUCCAGGCUAAACCGGGCCAGGAGAAUAGGUUGGAGGAAUGGUAUGGUCUACACUUCUUAUUCCAAGCGUCGUUCAUACCGCUCAUAGCCCUGCACACCGACCGAUUCUCAACCAGAAGACCCAUAUGGGAAUCCCAAGUACAACAAGCGCGCUCGAUCUUAGAUUCCUUCAAGGUCGACCCGACGGCUGAACGUUGUCUCCAAAUCAUAAACCUCCUCCAACCUACCGUCGCACAGCAGAAUCAGCCCCUGGAGAUUGAUCUAUUCGCAGAAGCGAAUAAUUGGCUGGACGAUAUAUUCCAGAGCAAUCCGCAGUUGGGUACUGAAUUUUCUUCUACGACGGGGUCAGGGGGUGAUUGGGCUCAGAAUCUAAUGCCUUUCGCCGAUCUGGGGACGCUGAGUAGUAUAUGGCCUGGAAGUAAUGCGUUUGAAGGUGCUAGAGGAUAA